AUGGCCCCAUCGAUCGCCAUGUCAGCUUUGACCGCAGGUUUGAAAACUGAAGAUCUUCCUCCUCGCUCGGUUCUCGGCAGCAGAGACAAGAUGCAGACCAGCCUGAGCUCCACAGAGGAGACCAUGAAGCCCAAAGUUGCUAUUUUACCGUUCAGUGUCGAGGCUCUGAUGGCUGAUAGGAAGCCCAGCAGAGAGGCGGUGUCCCCGGACGUUCCCGGGACGUCCCACCCAAGGAUGGGUUCUUUCGGGAGUCUGGAUACUUCGGGUCCUGCUUUACCCAUGAGCUCCUCGUUUUCUGUGGGCGACAUCAUGAACAUGCCAGACGACGUGUUGAUUAAACCCGAGAGCCCGGACAGUAACGACCGGACUUCAUGGCUGCAGAGUCCUCGCUUUUCUCCCACACCUCCACGCAGGUUGAGUCCUCCUGCUUGUCCUCUGCGGAAACACAAGACCAACAGAAAGCCCCGGACCCCCUUCACCACGUCCCAGCUUCUGGCCCUGGAGAGGAAGUUCCGACAGAAGCAGUACCUGUCCAUCGCCGAGCGGGCAGAGUUCUCCAGCUCCCUCAACCUGACUGAGACCCAGGUCAAAAUCUGGUUCCAGAACCGGAGAGCCAAAGCCAAACGACUGCAGGAGGCAGAACUUGAGAAACUGAAAAUGGCAGCUAAGCCUAUGUUGCCUCCAGCUUUCGGGAUUUCCUUUCCUCUCGGUGCGCACGUCCCGGGGUCAUAUGGGUCGCACCCGUUCCAGAGGCACUCGCUGCCGGUCUCCCCCAUGGGACUGUACGCCGCUCACGUCGGAUACAGCAUGUACCACCUUGCUUGA